AUUAAAAAAGAAAUGACAGGGUCACACUGAGAAUCCCAAAACCAAGUCAAAAUUAAUUAAUUUAGAACUGCCGUGCAUUUAAUUUCAGAUUUAGUUUAUGUCUAUAUUGUAUGGAGUGACUCGAGUGUUAACCAAACGCAAAGAAAAAUUCGCCGUGCUCCGUGGAGCCCAGCCAGCAGCAGCAGUAAAAUCAAGAAAAUAUAAGAACAACAAAUAACCAAGGCAAGACGGGAUCACAAAAAAAAAAAAUGGCUAAUAUGAUUAGCAAUAACAACAACAAAACGAAUAGCUCAACCAGCAGUGGCGCCAAUUCAUCUUCCUACGCUUACAACAAUUACAACAACAGUGUCAGUGGUGGAGAGAGUGGAGCCGGAGGCGGAGUUGGAGGAGGAUCUGGUCGAGUACAAACAUUGCGCGAUGUUUGCAAUAUGCUGAUGCCCAACCAAUACACGAUACCAACAGGUGGUUGUGCUUAUGACCAUAUUAUCAACCUAAUGCGAGACCUCAAUCUGCAGGACGAUGGUAUUGUCUAUAAUACAAAGAUCAAAGCCAUUGAAACUGACUUUUGUAAUAUAGUGCAAGACGAGACGAUGUUGUGUGAAUCUAUGGAAUAUAUGAAUGAAAAAGCCCUUUCGGACAGCGACACGGCAUUAAAGUUUGCCCUUCUCUUCUCUUCGCGCAAUUUUGAUGCUCUGGCCAUGAAGGAGACAAAAGUGCGCAGUGCCAUGCUAAAAAUACUUGAGACUAACUUUAUAAACGCCGAUGCAUAUCGUGUUCAUGAUAAGAAUCGUCUUUACAACUCUAUUAUUCUACUGGGAGAAUAUUAUAAUCGGGUGCGACUAGCGGAUCAUGCUCCCAUCACAAUUCUGGCCGAUUCGCUGCUUAAUCUAUUGAUACGGGAGAUAAAUGACACCAGUGUUGUGAUUGGCACACGCCUGGCACGUUUGGUGCUCUCACAGAUUACCCUUAAUGGUGAAUUAAUGCGCAAGACCCACAAGGAGCAAAUAGAUCAGUUGCUAUUCCAUGUCAGACGCCACUUAAUCCUCCAGCCCGCCUUGACAGCUAAAGUGAAGGCCAUGCUCAUGAUGGUGCUGGAUUUGUUUUACAGUCACUUUCGUCACAUCGGAAAUGAGCUGGAAGCCAUGUAUACCGACUAUCUGGUUGUGGAGGAAGGCGAGGAAGAGGAAGAUGGGCUGAAUAACAACCAAAAUGGUGGAGAUUUACCGUCUGCCCAGAUCCAGGAGGGAGAAAAUGGCAACAAAGUUCUUAACUCGUCACAAGAGCACGACUCUUUCGAUUCGCAGCCAACUUCUACCAAGAAAUGGAGCGAACAGGUCUGUGAGGAUUCCUUUUGUGAGACUGAAGGCACUGGGGCAGACGACGAUCAGUACGACAAUGAAAAUUUGGUGAAUUCAUAUGCUGCAUCAUCCUCGUCACAAGGACGCCCCGACUCGAACACCCGGGGUCGUCGUACCUAUCAGCCACGCAGUGCUCCCCGUCCAUUAAAACAACAGCAGCUUGAUCAGCAAUCACAAGACAACAGCACCUCCGACCAAUAUCCUUCCAUGGCCAGCAGUGAAGAUCGCGAUGAGUCUAAACCCCUACCGAGUUGGCGCAAGACCCGAUUUAAUCGGGUCAACAACGAUGCUGGUGAUCAGCACAAUGGACGCUCCCGUAACCAGCAACGACGGUUUAGUGCCAGCUUUGACGACGAUCAACAUAGUGUGCGCAGUGAAGGUGGUCCUAAUUUACGUUUAUAUAGCAUACAAGAUCGCAGAAAGCAUUCCCAGGAGCGAUACGAACGCAAUCAAGUCGGUGGAUUAGGGUCUAACUAUAACAGCAUUGUGAACUCCAACUGGGAUCAGCGCGAUCGGGAUGAUCGCAGCGAACGCUCCUACAUAAGCAAUUAUGAGCGUGGGAAUAGCUACAAGCGUGGUGGUCGGUACAACAAUCGCAACACUUACGACAAGCCACCGCGCUUUCAGAAGCAACAGCAGCAGCAACAACAACAGCAUCAUCAUCAUGGUCAGUCUGGUGGGCAUAAGAUUCAUAGCGACACUUGGCGACGAUCGAAUACGGCAGUCAAUGCAUAUCAGGAUGAAAACUGUGCCUAUAACUCCAACGGACCAGAUUCGAAUAGUCGGAGCUCAUCGCGAGCACGUACAUUGCCGCGACCAGCUAAAUCUCAAAUGGAUGAUGGUGGAAGGAAAUCCAAUUAUCGCUUCAGUCAGAGUCCAAGCCAUGCAAAAGCAGGAGGUAGCGCAGGAAGCGGCGCCCAACAUAGCUUCCCUCGCUACAGCAGUCAAAGUAGCCUAGCCAGCGAGGCGUCUAGCACAUUUGAUCGCCGCCAGCAGCAUCAUUCACACCAGCAGCCAAAACGACAUCGCAACUUCACACGUCGUUCCCAGCCCGAUAUACAUCAGCCGCAGAAUGCAGGCAGCUGGCAGCAUGAAUCGCCACAGUCGCAAUCGCAGUCACAGCCAUCGUCCAAAGAUGAAAGCGAGUUGGUACGCAAUGCCCAGCAGACCACCAAGUAUAUGAACUACCUUUCGGCGCAAAAAUGAGAAAAGGCCUGCCCGAGAAGGCGACGUGCCCAACGGCCUCUACAAGAACCUCGUUCGACACAUAGGCCAGUAGUUUGUAAAGCAAUCCAAUAAGUAAACUAGAUUUGUGGUCUAACCCACAUGGGGCGUCCCAGCAUUUUCCCCCAAAAAACCUUGAAUUGCUACUUAAAAAGUUUUCCCCAUAUAUAAAUAUAUAUAAAUUUAUUAUAUAGGAUUCGCUGUAAACGUAUGUUCUUAUCAAGCGCGUGGACUGUGUUUGCCUGUCUUCAAAUACAAAAAAAAAAAAAAAAAAAAAAAAAACAGCUCAAAUCUUGGACUUGACUUGUGCCCAUUAAAUAAAUAAUAUAUCUCCAAUCCAACACACAAAUCAAUCAUACUAAGGCUCAAUAAAGCAACAAACAGAAAAAUAAAACCAAACUCAAAAAUCGUAUGCAUUAAUUACACAUACAACCAUUGGAAAAAACAAACACAAAUUAUAUUGUAAAUAGCUUACAUUCAUAGUCAGUCAUCAGAUCGAUCACAAUCCACACACACACACACAUAUAUACACAAACACAUUUUAUACAAAUUGUUUAGAAACUAAGUACAAAGUCAUUGAAACAAAAACAAAUCCUAAAUCUAUUCUAAUGAAACAAGAAAAAAAAAAACAGAAAUCGUAAAAAAUCAUGUUGUUUAAAUGUUACAUGCACGUUAAGCAUAUAAAUUAUAUUUUUUAGCUAAAUAUUUAUAUACAAUAUAUCUAAAUGUCAUGUUACAAUAUUUGCAAAAAAGAAACCAAGAUUCUACAGAUUUAUUAAAGGAAUUAUACAUACAAUAAAAUUUACAAAUUUA